GCAGUUGUUGCAUGGAGGAGAUGGAUGAAGAUGAACAGGAGAAAGCGUAGCGUGACAAUAUAUGUUCGCAACAAGCAGCGAUACAACCCAGCUUCUAAGUUGUACAAUUUUAUCAAUGUUCGCGUUGAAAAUUUUGCUGGCACCAGAAUUGGCGAUAUCAAGGAGGAAGCUAGGCGACAAUCUGGAAACAAUGUGAAGAUUGACGAUUUGUACCUGAACAACGAGAGACUGGCUGAUGACAGAUCUGUUGCACAUUACAACCUGGAGGAUGGAACAAUUCUGGAAACUACAUCUAAUCCUUUCUGGGCUACUUGUUUGUUCAUCAAACACUGUGAAGCUGAAGAUGAGCAGAAGAAAAAUCUGGACAAUCCAGAUGUUCAAAACUGGACAAACAAGUCACUGGCUCGAAAAAGAACACUUCUGUCUGUCCUCUUCAACAGCAAAAAUGAGUUUCAGAGCCAACCACCCCACUUUCCUACCCUUGAUGACUUUGUGGGAUAUCUUAACAACCUGAAAAAGAAGGGGGCUACAAUGAACCCUUACUACACACAGCGCCACUUGGGAGAGAUGUACCAGGAUUACCUUGACCUGGAUGUGGGACGCAGUAGUGACCCUCUAGGAUCUUUCAUCAACAGAUAUGCUGCUAAACUGGGAUACAGGCAACCAGAUGCACAUGAUGGUGAAGACAGACCUCAUGUAGGAGGGGCAGGCAAGAGCGCUGCAAGGGGUAGUGGUAAUGGUGGAGAGGGGUCCAAACAACCCAGAAAUAGAGCUGUGGCUAAUAGGAGCAAAGAGGUGACCUGUGAUGACUGUGAAGGUACCUUAGCAGAGCUAUAUUGUGGGGAAUGUCAGAAUGCCCAGGGGGGACAGGGUCUAUACCUCUGCACCCCAUGCUCUCAGCUUAUUCAUGCAGGUGCUGCCAGGAGGAGACACAAUGUUCAAGAUGUGGGUAAUGCCCCUAAAGUUUCCAAACCAUAUAUUCCUCAUGCUUUUAAGGCUCCAUUUUCCAUUUUGCUUGGAUUAUACAGUGGUCUAACAGAGAGGAGACCAGUACUCAGUAUGACAGAGGAUGAGAUAAAACUCCGUGCCCAGCCACUGACAGAUACAGAUCUACAGGACAAACAAACAGGUCAGUACUGUGGGGGAUUUGAUUGUAUGGAGAAGAUACUAAUGGCAAAAGGUCUUGUUCAGAGAGAGGAUUCAAGAAACCCAACGUAUGCAUUGACAGAGACAGGAGAAGAGCUAGCAGGGCAGCUUUAUGAAUUUCAGCAGAGUGUACAAAGAUUCCUGAAAUCAAAUAAAGUUCCUCAUGUUCCACAGGCAAUAGACACUGUGUGUGGGACAAGGAAGAUUUGUCUUAUAAUUGAUGAGCAGGAGAGAGAUAAGGACAGGUUCCUCCAGAUUGCCACAGAGAGAGGGGUGGAUGUACAGUUUAGACAUCUAGGGGCAGGGGAUUAUCUGUGGAUUCUGACCCCUCCUAUGGCUAGCCCCACCUUAAAGUACACUCAGCAGCAACCUACCAUUGAAAAGGUAUUACCUUUCCUUGUUGAGAGAAAGAGCUGGGAAGAUUUUAAGGACAGUAUGAGGACUAAAAGAUUUCAGAAACAAGUCAAUCAUAUGCUGAACAGUGGAGUGGAGAAGUGUUUCUACCUGAUGGAGGGUUCUAUAAAUAGUGGGAGAUACAAACCAUCUGCUGAGCAGCAAAAGAAUCUAAAGGAUUUACUUGAGAAGAUUUUUCUGGAUAAUGGAUUCUACAUAAAUUACACAGCUUCCUGGUACAAAUCAGCUAUAUGGUUAUUGUGGGCUACAGCACUAGCAUCUGAGGCACAAAGGAAAGGCCAGUUGACUGGACAAGGAAUGACCUAUGCUGAAUUUACAAAGAGAACAAGUGGACAGAGCCGCAUUUCUACCCUGACCAGGACAGACUACAGACGGAUGGACUGGAGAACAUGGGAGGCUGAACACUUUAUUGAUGGAAUCUUUAGAGACAGUGUCAAUGCGAUUUCUCUUACUGAGUUAUGUAAAAAGGACCUAGGACUUGCAGAAAGACAUGUUAUUAACAUUCAUGGUUUAGAGGCUUACAAUAAGGGGAGGCAGACAAUGUUGAACAAAUGUUUAAAUGAGGCUUGUGGAAAUCCAAACAGAAUAUCAGACAUUGUAAACACAAGCCUAACUGCUCAGUUACACAACAUGCUGCACUACGAUGUCAUGUCAUGGUGGCAACUCCGACUUCAGUUUACCCUUGGAGUGUACAUAGUGAGAACUGAAAAGCCAGAGGAUAGACAGAGAAUUCAGGGGGAGAUAGACUGGAGGUCAGGAGGUCAACCAGCCAUAAACAGGAGACCAGGGCAACCAGGUCAGGACCACAGACCAAGGCAGCAAGAGGACAGAAAUAGGAGGUCCAGGGGACAUGUAUUGGGUCAUGGCCCAGAAAAAAGGUUUUCUAAGGAACCAGGUGAACCCAGUGUAGAAUUGCCUUCAACUUCUGAAACUACAGAUGCUGCUUCAGAUCCCAAAUUGGUGUUUGCCUCUGAUUCUCAGACAGAAAACUUUAUGAUACAGCAGGCAUUAGCUCUCAGCAAACAGGAGGAUGCUGAAGAACAAAAUAGAGCAUUGUUUUCCUCAGCAAAACAGCCAUCCACUGCACAACAAUCAGCUACUAAUAUGUCACCAACCUCAGUUUCAAAAAGAGGCUCUAGAGGAAGUACCAGAUCAGGGAAAAGGACCUCAACAGCAACAAAGGAGGAUGAAGAGUUGGAACUUGCCAUAAAGCUCAGUCUAGAAGAUGCUGCAAACAAAAGAACCAGUGAAACUGUGAACAGAGAAAGCACUGACCCAGUAAUGUGUGAUACUAAACCUAGUUCCAUGAAAUCCAAACAAACCAUCAUUCCACUAGAACCAGACUUAAAUAUGGACAGCCAAGAAGAGUUGCAGUAUGCUUUAGAGUUAAGUAAGAAAACAGCAGCUGUCACAGAAGAGAAAGAUGAUAUCCUUAUUCACAGUGAUCAUGAUGAUGAUCAGCAGGAACCUACAGAACACAGAGAGCAAUUGCUGCCUUCUCACCUGAAUAGAGAUAACUCAGAAGUACAAUAUGGAAAAAUCAAUCCUAUAGAUAAACCUGUUUGUGGAGAUGAGAAGGUGACAGCAGAGAGCAGUGAAGAUGAGGCUCUGAAGCAAGCUCUUGAAUUAAGUGUAAAGCAAAAUCCACAUAUAAUAGACAAAAAAUCAAUUUCUUCACAAUUAGAUAAAUCUAUGUUUUCUCCAUUCAAAAAUCAGUCCAUAGAAAGUCCAGUUUUAAGUCUCAGUGAUCAAGGAGAUAAGGAUCUUGAGUUAGCUAUCCAACUCAGUUUACAUUCAAACAGUAACCUUGGUCAACUUACUGAGGGAGGCUGCAUAUCAGAAAAUGAAAAUGAUGUGAUAGAGAUAGAGGACUCUCAAGAAAUUUUUGUGGAUCAUUCAAAGGGGACACAGAAGGAAAAAGACUUCAAAGAAAAUGACUACCGGUAUAUUGUAUUGGAUGACUCUCAAGAAGAACCAGCAGAGAAUAUGGAUUUUAACACAGUCACAUGUAUGACAAAUGAUUUUAUAAAAUCAAAUAAUCUAGAAACAGACUCUAAUCAGAUGAUUGCUGAGAAAGAAGUUGAAAAAAAUGGAGGAUGUUUAGCACCAGACACUCAGAUUGAGAAAGAACAAAUGGAUGAGGAAGAUCCUCUUGUUGUACCAGAGACUGUGAUCAAGGCUGAAACGACUUCUGUCUCUCUACAUUCUAAUGGAUCAACACUGGAGCCAGAGCCUUUCCAACUAAAUGUGGUACAGAACAGUCAAAACAAAAUGGUUGAUAGCAAUACCUAUACAGUGGAUGCAAAAACAUCAAAGGGAGAUGUAAUGAGCAACAAUGAAAAUUCUGUGAUAUUAAAUAAAACACCUAUCACAGAAUCUGAAGAGGCUGAAAAUGAUGACUUGGACGUCAUCCCACCCUCUCCAACAAGCAGUCAAAAAUCUAGUUUAUCCAUCAAAGUAUCUAAAACUAUCCCAGAAGAAUCAACUUCUGAAGGAGAAAAUGUGAAAAUUAGAGACAAGACACAAAAAGAUGAGGUUAAUGAAAAACAUGAUCAGAACAGUGAUGGAGACUCUCAAGAUUUUUACUGUACAGCUUUGGUGCUUCCACCUUUGUCUCCAUACAAUGACAACAAUGAAUCUCCUUGUAAUUUAUUACAGGGAAAGAGGCAUCAUACUUCAGGAUCUGAUGAGAAUUAUUUGCCACAUUCAGUGAAAGUGAAGCAAGAAAAGGUGGACUUGAUAGAGAGUACCAUAAAAAAUGAAGAAAUUGUGAUGGACAGUCAGACUCUAGAGGACAGUCAGGAAGAAUUACCUAAAUAUGACUGGAUAAAAGAAUCUCCUGUUAAAAUGGAUCAAAUUACUGUUCAGGUUGUCUCACCUUUGAAAAAGGGAAGUAACUCCACCUCAGAUACUGUCAAAAGAAUUAAUUUGAGUCAAGGAUCAACAUCUAACAUCAAUAUAAAUAUUCACAUUGGACACAUUGAAAAAACUAGUCAGUUAAGUUUAAAAGAUAGUGUUAUUUGUGAUGAUGAAGAAUAUGCAAAACGUUUACAAAGGGAUCUGGAUGAAGAAUAUGAACUGUCAAAACAGAGAAACGAACAUGUACCUGUGAAGAUGGAGACAAGAUCUAUCAAAAAGGAAGUUAAAAGCCCCCAAAAGUUUGUGAAUGAUGCAUGCAGUGGGAGACUUGUAGAUGAUUUUCAUGAUGUUGAUGCUGCAAUUGCUCAAAGUUUGCAUGAAGAGUUAAACAGUCCUGCACCAAAGAGGGAUAAGGAAUUACUACUACAAGAUGAGAAAAUUGCAAAACAACUUAAUGAAGAAUGGAAUAAACUAAGCAGUGUUGGUAGAAAAGAUGGAGCCCACGAUCCUAGAGUGGUGGAAGAUGAGGAGUUAGUAAGAAGCUUACAGAGCAUUGAGAAGGAGAGUCAGGAGGACAGAUACCAACAGAUUCAGAGAGAUGAGGACCUGGCACGUCAGCUUUUGGAGUCAGGUGAUAACUACAGAUCAACAGGAAUGAAAAUUUCAUCUGCAAAGAAAAGGAAAGGUCUUCUAAUAAAUGACAGCCCUCCUAAAGAGAAAAUUUCUAGAAAUGAAUCGUGGAGAAAGAACCUGUUUAAUGAAAAUCUGAAGUCAAAGGGAGACAGUUUGAAACAACUUCAAGAGAUAAGACGAGAACAGAGUGAGAGAUUCUUAAAGGAAAAAUCAGGAUUUACUGGCAUUAGCUCACUGAGCAGAUCACCAUGGAGUCCUGUGGAAACCAAACAUGUUAAAACACCUCUCUGUCACAGUUCUUCAAUGGUUCAAGAUUCUAUAGACCCUGGGGCAAGGAAUUGGACUUCAUCCACCUUCCUAAGCAGAAAAUCCAGUGAAAUCCACUCCUCUAGUAGUGGAGAUCAAGGGGAGGAUGAAAAGCCUUUAAUGGGAACUCAAUCAGAAGCCCUGUCAAAGUCUAAGUGUGGGAACUGUGGAGAGAUAGGGCACACCAGAAAGUGGGUCAACUGUCCACGAUAUUACUCACACGAAGAAAGUCUUAGGAGACAGGAACAACAGGCUAAGGCUAGGGAAAGGAUUGAAGCCAGAGAAAGGGAGGAAACUCAAGCCAAGCAGGACUUGGAACAUCAUCAAAGAGCAUUAAAAGAUAUUGCAAUUCAGAUACAGGAGGAACAAAAAGGAUUGGAAAAGACAAUCAAAAGAUUAGAUAAGAAGAAAAAGCAAAGAGAAAAUAGGCACCAUUGAACCAUGGAAUUUGAUGUUGAUAUGGCAGAUUUUUAUUCUUCAAAAUAUUUGUACUUUGUCAAGUUAAUCCGAUAGAAAAGUGUUUGUUCAUGCAUGGGAAAGAUGAACAGAUAUGUGUAAAUUUUAUAGGUCAUCCUAGUCUAUGCAUUAAAAAGAUGAGGCAAUAAAAUUCAUUGAAAGGUUGAUUGAUAUAAUUUUGUUAAAGGCCAAUGUUUCAAGCAUUGCUUUGUGAUUAUUUUGUUUUAUACAAAAGAAAAUAUCAGAUUUUUUUCAGUAUUGUUAAUUUUUUUAUUGUUAAUAGAUUUUAGUGCUCCUUUUAUUUUGUAUUAGUUAAU